UGACCCAUUAAUUUUUUUCGAAAAUUUAACGUCAGAUUCAAAAAAUUCAUUAAACCGAUAAUGCUUACUACUUACUAAUUUCACAGAUCCUUUUUUCGCUGAAAAGGCAAUGGUUUAAAAAAGUAUCAGAAAUGUGACAGUGUAAACAAUAUUUUCUCUAUAUUUUUCAUGCCACCCUUACAUUUUUUUGUUAUUUCGUGAAUAAAUACGCUUAAAAAAGAUAUCAUCUAAAUUUAAGUAAAACUUGGACCACCGGUGGAAUUUAAUUUUUCAUAGACUCUACAAGAUUUUUUUACUCUUAGUCGACCAAACAAUAAACAUACCUAUGAGCUCUUUACUUAUUUAUCAGCAAAAAAUGUAAGCUAUCGAAUUUUUAUGCUCAAUGCAUAAAAACAUCCUGGAGAAUCAAUUUCUUAGAACCAACAUGUCAUUAUGUAUAUUUCGCAAAAAUAUAUAUCGAUACAAUUAUUUUGAACCUUGAGGUUGAUGAUCGGAUCUCCCCCACUUGAGUUUUGUUCCCCACUCUUCUAGUACAACCGCUGUGUGUUUACAACUGAAAGGAAGGGGGGUUGAAGAAUUUUCAGUUAGCUAUGGAUUAACUGUAGUUAUAUUUCUCGUAUUUUCCUAUUCAUCAAUACCUAUUUCACGUGAUUGAUGUGGUAACUGGCAAUAAGUGUACUUCCAAAUAAAUAUUAAUAAUUCAGAAAUGAAUAUGGAUUCUAGAAUUCCAAAAAAUGCAGCUUAUUAUUCUAAUCCUCCAAUGCAUUGGUCACUUGGACUCAUUGCAUCUAUUAAUGAUCCUGCAUCAAUAUUAGAAGAGGAUGAUUAUAUCUUUGUAAUAAAAGAUUAUUAUCCAAAAGCACGCUUUCAUUAUUUGAUCUUACCUAAAAAAGAUAUACCUUCAAUUGAAAAAGUGACCAGAGAUGAUUUACAAAUUUUAAAGCAUAUGGAAUUAGUUGCUCAUAAGUUUGUACAAAGACAUGAAAAUGAACAGUUUCAGAUUGGAUAUCAUGCAUUACCUCACAUGCAUAGAUUGCAUUUACAUGUAAUCAGUACCGACUUUGAUAGUCCUUUUUUGAAAACUAAAAAACAUUGGAAUACUUUUACGACACCUUAUUUUAUCCCAUCAGAAGAUAUCUGCAAACAAGUUGAAAAAUAUGGUCAUGUUAAUAUUGAUGUUCAAAAAUAUGAAGCUUAUUUAAGAACAAGUUUAAAGUGUCACAAAUGUCCUAAUCUUUUUACAAAUAUAACUGGACUAAAAGAACAUUUGGUGGAUCAUAACUAAACAUGUAUUAAUACAUCCAU